AUGUCCUCCCUCGCACGAGUCCUCCGACCGGCUGUUCGGAAGAGCCAAGGUGCCCUCGCGGGCCUGGCUGCUUCACCUCGAAUAUACCGUCCUGUUCGCGGCUUGCCAAGGAUACAAGACGCCGUCCGGCCCUUAUCCACAACACCUCGGCUACGCUCCGCCGACAUCAGCGACAUCCCUCCCACGCCAAUCACACACCUGUCUGAGCUCGAGGCUGCUAUGCAAGAUUCGGUGCAGAAAUUUGCUAACGAUGUGAUUCUACCCAAGGUUCGGGACAUGGACGAGGCGGAGGCCAUGGAUCCAACAAUCGUGGAGCAGCUUUUCGAGCAGGGACUGAUGGGCAUUGAGAUCCCGGAAGAGUUCGGCGGCGCCGGCAUGAACUUCACGGCGGCAAUUCUCGCCAUUGAGGAGCUCGCUCGCGUUGACCCUUCGGUCAGCGUCAUGGUGGAUGUUCACAACACGCUCGUCAACACGGCUAUUCUGAAGCACGCUAGCAAGGACCUACAGAAGCGCUUCCUACCGAAGCUGGCCACCGGCACCGUGGGUUCCUUCUGCUUAUCCGAGCCCGUUUCCGGAUCCGACGCUUUCGCGCUUGCCACCAAGGCGACUGAGACUGCAGAGGGCUUCAAGAUCUCGGGCUCUAAGAUGUGGAUCACCAACUCCAUGGAGGCUGACUUCUUCAUUGUCUUCGCCAACCUCGAUCCCAGCAAGGGAUACCGAGGCAUCACGGCUUUCAUUGUUGAGAAAGACAUGAAGGGCUUCUCUAUCGCGAAGAAGGAGAAGAAGCUCGGUAUCAGGGCAAGCAGCACAUGUGUUAUUAACUUCGAUGACGUUGUUGUUCCCAAAGAGAAUCUCCUUGGAGAGAAGGGCCACGGUUACAAGUAUGCCAUCAGCCUUCUCAACGAGGGCAGAAUAGGCAUUGCCGCCCAGAUGACCGGUCUUGCUCUUGGCGCAUGGGAGAACGCCGUCAAGUAUGUCUGGAACGACAGGAAGCAGUUUGGCCAGCUUGUUGGUGAGUUCCAGGGCAUGCAGCACCAGAUCGCACAGUCCUACACCGAGAUCACCGCGGCCCGGGCUCUAGUCUUCAACGCUGCCCGGAAGAAGGAGGCUGGCGAGGACUUUGUUCGGGAUGCCGCGAUGGCGAAGCUGUAUGCUUCGCAGGUUGCUGGCCGAGUGAGCAGCCUAGCCAUCGAGUGGAUGGGAGGCAUGGGCUUUGUGCGAGAAGGCCUGGCCGAGAAGUUCUGGAGAGACAGCAAGAUCGGAGCAAUUUAUGAGGGAACAAGCAACAUCCAGUAA